GUAUGGGUAUUUUGAGUGGGUGGUCAUGCCUUUUGGCCUCACCAACACCCCGGCGACCUUUCAAGCGGCAAUGACCAACGGGUUCCGUGCAAUGUUGGACCGGUUCGUGCUGGUCUACUUAGACGACAUUCUCGUCUAUAAUCGGUCAUUCGAGGAUCAUCUUGAGCACCUUCGACGAGUGUUGGAGACGCUCCGCCGCGCCAAGUACAAAGUCAACCGCGACAAGUGCGAAUUUGUCCGGCAAGAGCUGGAAUACUUGGGCCAUUUUGUCACACCGGAGGGCAUCAGUCCGCAAUCGUACAAGAUUCAAGCCAUCCAAGAGUGGCCGGAGUCGUGGAACAUUACGGAUGUCCACCCGCUAUUGCCAACACGCGUCACUGCGAAUGCGUCCGGCUAUGGCAUUGGUGCCGUCCUCGAACAACACGAUGGCGUGGACUGGCACCCGGUCGAGUACUUCAGCAAAGAAGUGUCCAUCAUGCACUCCAUUGAUGAUGCACGCAAGAAGGAGCUCCUAGCCUUCGUCCACUCGCUCAAGCGGUGGUGGCACUUCCUCCUUGGUCGAAGUCAAUUCCGAUGGGUAACGGACAACAAUCCGUUGGUCUUCUACAAGACCCAACACACCGUCAAUAGCACCAUCGCCCAAUGGAUGGCUUUCAUCGACCAGUUCGACUUCUUUCUCGAUCACAUUCCCAGGAAGUCUAACCGUUUUGCGGAUGCUCUUUCACGACGUCCAGAUCAUUGUAUCGCAGUCUAUUCAACCUUCGAGAUCUGCGACGACCUGCGGGACAGCUUCAUCCGCGGCUACCAAGCCGACCCCGAGUUUCGAGACAAGUACGCGAAUUGUUCCUCUCCUAAUCCGGCGACUUCUCACUACCGGAUCCAAGAGGGGUACUUGCUUGUCCACACGCAAGGGAAGGACCUUCUUUGCAUACCAAGUGACUCUCACUUGCGUACACGGCUUCUUGGCGAGUUCCACGAUGCUCCAACCACCGGACACUUUGGAGUCAAUCGCACGAUUGGCCGACUUCGUGAGCGAUUUUGGUGGCCCAGCCUUUUCGACGACGUCACACACUAUUACGAGUCAUGCGAAGUGUGCCGACGCCGCAAAUCCCACAACCACCGUCCGUACGGCGAGUUGCGACCAUUACUGGUCCCCUUGCGCCAAAGGGAAGUGAUUGCCAUGGACAUUAUCGGACAGUUCCCCAAGCACAAGACCGGUGUGGAUGGGAUUCUCACGGUGGUCGACCGACUCACCAAGUUCGCCAUGUUUUUGCUUUGCCGCUAUCAAGCCAAGGCACUGGAGUUGGCCGAGCAGCCACAGGAUGACAGCAGCGCAGUACAAACCAUGAGGCAAGCAAAAGAAGGGCAACUACAGGCAUCCACUUGCGCUAACACCAAGUGCUUGGCUACCUCCAGACGCCACAAGGCACAAUCUAUGACAUCAUCAAAUAUGAUGCUGAAGAAGCUCAUGACGCUAAUAAACAACAGCCAAGGCAAUCGUAACAGAGGAGGAAGAGGAGCAGGAGGCUGCCACUGGGAGGAUAAUCAACGAGGAGGACGAGAAAGCUGAUGAGUAAAAUGCAUAAGGCAAA